UUCCGUAUUGGCUUCCUGAGGGAGAGCGGGAGGUUGCCGCUUGGUUGGGACAGAUGACGAGCAGUGAAAUGAAAGUAGCCUUUAGAGAGCUUGUUAAAAAUGUUUUUAAUGUUUGUGGUCAAGGCAACUAGCAUGAGACCAGUGUCCAUAUAUAACAAAGCAAACUGAACUUACAAAGCACUACAUGAAACAUGCCCGUGGAAAACAUGACGCAGCUAUCGCUGGAGAAUGAAUCCAGUGUCUCAGUAUUUACCCUCUCUGGUCUGGAUGAAACGAUGGAGAACAGAUAUGUGUUGUUUUCUUUAACUGUACUGUUUUAUCCACUAAUGGUGUUUUGUAAUGUCACUGUUAUAGUCGCUAUAAUUUCACAUAAGAAGCUUCACGAGCCAAUGUAUGUGUUUAUAUGCAAUUUGUGUGCUAAUGCACUUUUUGGCACUGCUGGCUUCUACCCUAAAUUCUUAUAUGAUUUAUUAUCCCAAGAUCAUGUGAUUUCUUAUGCUGGAUGUAUGAUACAGACAUUUGUCAUUUACUCGUACGCCUUGUGUGACGUUUCAACACUAACAGUGAUGGCUUACGACAGAUAUGUGGCAAUAUGUAGACCACUGGAGUAUCAUUCAGUAAUGACCAGUCAAAGGGUUGUUGAGUGGAUCCUUUUCUGUUGGCUGGCUCCAUUAUUUUGCAUGUCUUUGCUAAUUGUAUUAUUAUCUAGACUCGUUUUAUGUGGCUCCACUAUUGAAAAGUUAUACUGUGAGAUUUGGGCAGUGGCAAAGCUGUCAUGUUUCUCGAACACUGUAAAUAAUGUGUUUGGGCUCACUGUUAUUCUGGUCUACUUUGGACAUGGUGUAUUGAUAUAUUGCUCGUAUUUUCAGUUGAUUAGAAAGUGUGUGAAGUCAACGGAGGGCAGGCGUAAAUUUAUGCAAACGUGUGUGCCGCAUCUGCUUUCACUGAUCAAUGUAACUGUUGCGUUGUUGUUUGAUGUGUUGUACAGUCGUUUUGGUUCCAAGAAUGUACCACACAGUGUGCGCAAUUUCAUGGCUCUUGAAUUCCUACUCAUACCACCCAUUUUAAACCCCCUUAUUUAUGGGUUAAAUUUAACAAUAGUUCGCCAGCAAGUUAUUAAACUCUUUUCUAAAAAUAAAGUAGGAAUAUAAAAGACUUCAGUCUCACCACAUGGAAAUAAAAAUUAUACACAAAAACCCAGUACUAUGGCUGUACAAGCUGGUUCAUUGGUUUAAUAUUUCAUUGUCAAUAAUGUUUUUAAUCAUUCAUUCAAUUUCUUUUCGGCUUAGUCCCUUUAUUAAUCUGGGGUC